AAAGUUUCUAAAACCAAACGCAAUCGCGCUUUCCAGUAAAUAGAACCUUUGUUGUUCUUCAGUUCAGUGCUGCUCCUUCGUCUUCUCCAGCUUUAAAGCCUUCCCCAUCUCCGCCCCUCUGCUUCAUUCCGGCGAUAUCACAUGCCUCCCAGGAGGAUUCCCACCAACGCCGUCGUAAAUGUCGACAGCAGCAGUGAAGAUGAGGUCGAAGACGGUGCCCGGAAUUCCAAUAUCAGCGGCUACUCAUCCGCCACCAAACCAACGGCACAGAGUGAAAUCACCGCCGCCCGUGAAGGGUCCGGGGCUGUCUCGUCUUCCUGUGAUUCCCUCGAGUCCCGAAGCUUCUGGAAGGCCGGAAACUACGACGUCGGCCCCGCCCCGAAAUUCACCUCCACCCCAGAUCUUUUGGAGCAUGCCCGUGUACAUCCCAAGUUUCUUCACUCGAAUGCAACUUCUCAUAAAUGGGCAUUUGGAGCAAUUGCUGAGCUCCUGGACAAUGCUGUUGAUGAAAUACAGAAUGGAGCGACUUUCGUCAAGGUUGAUAAAAUUAAUAUCGUGAAGGAUAAUUCUCCAGCUUUAUUAUUUCAAGAUGAUGGUGGUGGCAUGGACCCGCAGGGCAUUCGGAAAUGUAUGAGCUUGGGUUAUUCGUCAAAGAAGUCAAACACUACAAUUGGACAAUAUGGUAAUGGAUUCAAGACAAGCACCAUGCGACUGGGUGCUGAUGUAAUUGUUUUCAGUCGUGCAGUUCGUGCAGGGAAAUCAACCCAGAGCAUUGGACUUCUUUCUUACACCUACUUGAGGAAAACUGGUCAGGAUGAUGUCAUUGUUCCGAUGAUAGAUUUUGAUAUUUCCAGUCGCUUGGCAGAACCGAUUAUUUAUAGCUCGGAGAAGGACUGGUCUAAUAACUUGAAUAUCAUCCUUGAAUGGUCUCCCUUUGAAUCAGAGGAGGAGCUGAUGCUGCAGUUUGAGGAUAUUGGAUCACAUGGUACCAAGAUUGUAAUAUUCAACUUAUGGCUCAAUGACGAAGGCAUCUAUGAAUUGAGUUUUGAUGAUGAUGAUGAGGACAUUAGGUUGAGGGAUGAAGCUAAUUCUGGAAGCAUGACAAAGGUACACAAGAAAGUUGCUGAACUAAGAGCUCAUAUAUCUUACCACCUCCGGUAUUCUCUACGGGCAUAUGCUUCAAUCUUGUAUCUCAGAAAAUUUCCAAAUUUCAAGAUCCUUUUGAGGGGAAAGCCUGUCGAGCAGUAUAGUAUUGCAGAUGACUUAAAGCACUCGAAGGUUGUAUCCUACAAGCCUCAUGCUGCAGCAGCACUCAAAGAGGUUUCUGUGGAGACAACUAUUGGAUUUAUCAAGGAAGCGCCGAGUCUUGGAGUUUCUGGAUUUAAUGUGUACCACAAAAAUCGACUCAUCCGGCCUUACUGGAAAGUUACUAGCGAUGGAACUUCCAAAGGAUACGGUGUUGUCGGGGUUUUGGAAGCUAACUUCAUAGAACCUGCUCACGACAAGCAAGAUUUCGAGAGAUCAUCACUGUACGUCAGGCUUGAAGCAAGGCUGAAACAUAUACUCGCUGAAUACUGGAAAGGACACUGCCAUUUUAUGGGACAUCAGACUCCUGGCGCUAGAAAUAGAUCACUCCAUCUUCUGUCGAGUUCCCAGCAAAGUAGACAACCGAAAACAGUUAUUGUUAAUGGUCUUUCGGCUUCUUCCAGACAAGGCAGUAACCGGGGAUUCGGUGCUCUGAAAUAUCCCAUGGUUUCUUUUGAAGCAGCGACAUUAGUGGACACUCCCGAACCCAUGUCGGUUGACCAAAUAUGCGACGAGAACAUUGAACUAUUCAUGAGGUGUGAGUCGCAUAAGCAGAAAGAUGCUGAGUUGAAAGAGAAGAUUCGGAAGGUGGAGAUGGAAUUGGAAGAGACACGGAAGAAGUGCGCCCAACUUUCUUCCUACUUGGAAACUAAGAGGAAACAAGAAUCAUUGAAACCAAGGAUCGGCAAAGUUUGAACAGUUUUGGUUUUCGGAAUCUCUUUUUCGCUACGAUUUCACGUAGGUUGGAUGGCCAUGAUUAUCUUAGCCCCCGCCCCCCCCCCCCCCCCCCCCCACAAUGUAGUGAAUAUUUUCUUAAAAGGAUGAAAAAGGAGGGGUAAGAAAGGCAAAAAAUCACUUAUUGCUCCAUGAUCCUAUGUGAUAGCAUUGCAUAGGUGAUUGCCUUUGCAAUUAUUAUGGCCAUUGUGUUUUUCUCCUCCAAUUAUCCAUUGUACAAGACGUGACGACCCUGAUCGAAAUGUGAAACUGAAGUGUGAAAUUCGGGUACGUUUAGGUAAUUGGUCGGUUGGUAUACCCUUUUGCAA